AGUAUGGCGGACAGCGAAAGUGAUGUGGAAACAGACGGGCUUGAAUUAGCUCUAGACACGUUGUUUAAAAGACACUGCAGCGAUGAGUCGUCUCUGAGCAGCAAAAGCUAUUGCUCUGAGUUCUGUGAGUUGGUUGAGGAGUACACGGGGCAAUGGCAAGUUCCUCUUCCACAACUGAAGGUGCUGUGGACUGCACUCUGCAGUUUCACGAAAGCCACAGCUGCCUUCCCUGAUGACUGUCAGCACAUCCACUAUGUUCUCAGCAGUCUGGCCUUGAGCUUUUUUGAACUGAUGCUGUUUUUUAGUAAAGAAGAAUUUGUGGAAAAGCCUUUAAAAGACAUCCUCGAUUCCUUUCAGGAGUGCCACUCUCAGCUCCUGCGGCACAGAAACAUCUACCUUCAGCAUGUAAAGCAGAUCAUUAAAGCGGGAGGCCCAUGGGAGAAUCCAGUGCUGCAAGGAAUCCUGAAGGAGGCAGACUUGCCAUCAAAAGAGGUUGAGGAGUACUUAAGCUCAGAGUUGCCAGUAUUCCUUGAGCUGCGGGUUCGCUAUCUGCAGGCCUGUGAACGAAUCCAAGAGGCCAAGGCCCUGGCUAAAAGCUGCCUGGAGAACCAUGAGGCUGGGAGGCAUCUGUUCUUCCAUCAGGCCUACCUCACCUGCCUCUACAAGGCCUCAUUGCAUGAACACCUCCACAAGGAGAUGGCAGAGAUAGAUGGCCGAGAUGCUGUGGAGAUCAUCUGCAACACGGAGAGCGUUGAAAAAGAUGAGCUUCUGUUAUCGCUGUGUAAAACUUUCCUUACCCAGCAGCUACACAAUGGAGACAUGUACUACAUCUGGGACCUGGUGUUCAUCUGGAGCAGGUUGCAUCUUAGGGCCCAUCCCUCCAGACAAGGCUUUCUGGCUGAGUGCUUGCAGUUGGCUUCCUCUGCUACUAACAUCCGAGCCAUCUUCCCCUUCAUCAAACUGGUCACCACAGAGCUGGGGGUUGAAGGAGUCCAUGUCUGUGUGGAGCUUUGUGCCAGGGCCUUGCAGCUGUGUGACAUGCAGGCAGAGAGCGUGACCCGGUCCCUGGUUUGCAAGACCAUCGCGUUCCUGCUGCCUCAUGACCUGGAGAUCUGUCGAGCGUGUGCCCUGCUGGUCUUCUGUCAGGAACGCAGCCUGGAAGCUUACCGAACUGUCUGCUUGCUUUACAUGCAUCCUGACCAGGAGCCGCAUCCCCACAACAGCCCUGUUCGGACCAGUGUUCGCUUCCAUAUUCUACAGAUGCUCAAGGAGCGCCUGUGUUUUGACCCUGAGUUUUGGAACCUCCUGACCCUCAGGACCCAUUGCUUGGAGCUUAUGAGUGACAAGGUCAUGAAAGCUGCGGUUCUCAGUGAGAUGAAGGAGGAAGAGGAGAAGGAAUUCACUGAAGAGCUAUUCAUUAAUAAUUGUGUAAAUGACUCAUGCACUCAAGGUGUCAAUUCCUGCCAGUGCACUGAAGCUGCAUUUGUGAAGCAACAGCUUCCAGAAGAGCAGACUAUGGCUGGAGAGACAGAAAAGUGCGUUGCCCCAUCAAAUAAUACUCUUCUGAAGAGGAGAAAAUGGGGGAGAAGGAGAAAAGAGUCAAAGGUUAAGGAUGAGGCGGACAUCGGUGAUGAUCCAGAGAUCAAAUACAAUCUCAAAUCUGCCUCUUUAGUCAGUAAGCCUGUGUAUUCACUUAGACGAAAUCACACUAACGUGGAAAAUUCUGCUCCUGGGAGACUCCCUCUAAACCGCAAGAGAGAAUACUUGUCAAGGUGUGUGAAGAGCCAAAUUUUUAAAAGGAAGGGUCAGAAGAAAAGGUGGUUGCAGGGUCUUCCGAGGGUGGAUCAGGUGCAGACAGUUAAAGAGAAGAAGGUCAAAGUUAAAGGGAAAAAACGGGGACGGAAGCCUUUACAGAAACUGGAACUCUCCCACCCUGAUAAUGAAAUAUCCCUUCCAGAGGAGGAGUGUGGUUUGGAGGCAAAUACUGACAAGGAGGAGAGCGAACAGAAAGAGAACCAACCUGAGCAGAUGAAUGUUCUUGAGAAAGAAAACAGACUUGAGAAACAUACUGACUUGGUCUGUAGUAGCAGUGUCUGUGAACAAACCCAAGAGGAAUCUCAAACACACUUCGGUUCCGAGCUUUGUGAAGGUCCUCCCAGUGAGCAUCAAGCUGCUGUUCCUGCUGUUGAAGCUGAUCCUGAGCUUGAUGGUCCACCCUUAGAGUUACUUGAUUGUCCAGUAGAACUGUUACACAGCUAUUCUAUUAAAUCCAAAAAGCCUGACACUGAGAAACUGCAGCCUCCUGAAUCCUCAGCGUCAGAUGGGCUUAAUGGCGACACAGAAGAGGAGCCCCAACCCACAGUGGAAACAGAAGUAUCAAACACAGAGGUGAUAGCCAAGAGGACAUGGAAGGACAGAGUUCUCCGUACUCAACAAUAUGCCCACGUGAUGCACCACUGCAACUUCUGCCACAAAGACUACAAAGGCUUGAAUGUUAUGAGACAUGCUCUCUCACACCUGAAGAGUAGGAAACUAAGAUGUAUACUCUGUGGAAAACGCUUUAAACAGCUUCCAUUUGCCAAAAAACAUAUUGUGGAUCACAUUAAUGAAAUGUGCAAGGAGCCAUGUACUGUGGAUAUGCCAGCUGCAAAUGGAACAGUAGAUAAUGUAGAAAAUCAGAGCCAGCCUCAGGAUGAAAAUCAGACUUCCAUUUCCGACGAGGAAACUCCCGAACAGAAACCCGGAGGCAAAACUAAAGUGUCCAGCCUCAAGAGGGAAGAUCGAAUCAUCAGGAACCUCCGCACCCUCAUCAAAAAGACAUCCGUGCUUCACAAAAAGUGCAAGAACCCCAACGCAAAUAUAUUCAAGCAGGUCGACUUCAAGGAUGAGCAGGUAGUCAUUCAAGAUGGCCUGGUGAUCGUAAGAGAUCCUCAUGUGAUGGAGAAGGAGGGAGAGGGAGAAGCGAAGGAGACGCCAGCGGGAGAGAACGGCUACGGUGUGGACAUCACAUAUCACCUGUGCCCCUCGGAGUCCUGUGAUAGAGUGUUCUUGAGGGUCAGCACCACGCUAACAAAGCAUGCUAUCAAAUGCCACAGCAACGAAGAGAAGGUGCUGGAGAAGACGUUUGUUUGGGCCAAAAACAAGUGCACUAUAUGCCUCAGGCAGAUACAGUUUCUCCAGCAAUAUAAGGACCACAUGAAGCUCCAUGAUACUCCUCUCCAGCACUUCUGCUACCAUCUGGAGUGCAGCCAGCGCUUCUUGACACACCAGGAAUUAAAGACCCAUGUCAGUACCCACCAGCCCUUCAGACCUCAGUGUCCAUUCACAGACUGUGAGAAGCUAUUCUCGACCCUUCAAGGUCUCUAUGACCACGAAUGGAGACACUACAUCCCCGCGCCUCAAAGAGACGAGCUGGAGGUGGGACCCGUCCGACAGAAGAAGCAAAAUGCUGAAGCUCCGUGGAAGCAGAGAGUGAAGGUUGAGGAGACAUGGCUGCAGAGUAAAAAGGGGCCAAGCAACAGUCCUGUCUUUGACCAUGCUGAGGCCUCUAAUCUUGACGAUUUCAAUGAAAACGACAACACUGAAGAUCAGCCUUGUGAUGUAAAUGUCCCAGACAGUAGCCAAGACCUGUCUAAAUCUGAUAAUAGUUCAGAGACGGGCACUCAUGAGCUCAUGGAUGACAGCAAAGUCACCAUCAAUGGAUACGGAGAUGAGGCAGGAAACCAAGUGUCGGAGGGAAAGAGCUCCACUUGUCACACUGGUGCUGCAGCAGCUUCACGCAAGACCUGUCGAAAAAGGACGCCGAUCGAGCGGGACCCCUUGAAUGUCCGAGACCUCGAGGAUUUAUCCACACUGUCUGAAGGAGUCCAGCAGAAACUGGGAGAGCCACACAUCACUGAGCACAAAACCUUCAGACCAGAGGAUCCCUCCUACGCGACUUUUGUCAAAGCCCCCUUCAUCCGGCCACCACCCUCCACCUACAUGGAUGAAUCCCUGCUCUCGAUGCGCAAGAGGAGGUCCACUGACGAGGCCGCUCCGAGGAAAAAUGUUUACUGGAGCAAUAAGAAAAAGGAGGAGCCGGCGCCAGAAAAGGAGCAGCACAAGAAUAGCGAGGCCCCUGAGCAGAAGAUCAGGUCUCGCUGUGACAAAUGUCUUUCCUCCUUCAGCAGCUUCGAAGAAUUACAGAAACACCAAGCCCUUAACACCUGCUCUGCACUCUUUGGCUUUGAUUCUGAUGAUGAAGGUUAGUUGUAAGUGAAGAGGAGCUGUAACUGGAGUGACCAUUGUACUCUGCCACCUGGCUCAGGGAAAGGAUUCGAGAUAAAGGAACACUGGAACCCUUUCUUAUUACUCAGAUACAGUACUUAUUUAAAUUUUGGAUACCAGUUUGUCAAAUUGGAGGAUUUUUUUGUCUCUUAAUUUAACUGAUAAAGCCUUUUCGAAGCAAUACUUUUGACAGCUAAAUGUAGUUUUGAAUGCAUUGUUUUUCUUCAAAACACCAUCAGUGUGCCAAGUACGGGAAAGAAGAACAAAUCUGUGAUGAAUCCCCAUAUUCUCUUCAUCUAUGAUUGGUUGAUAUUUAAAGAAUUUCUCAGCAAAUCUAAAAGCAAUGCAGAGAAAACAUAUACUGUCCAAGACAACUUCCCUGGAAUAAAAAAAUCACAGGAGUUAUCUGUGUAUAAAUACUCAGUUACUUACAGCUUUAAAAUAACUUAAUGACAAACCUUUGCUGGACUCACCAUAUCAUGGGAAAGUUACAGUAACACACGGAAUAUGUAACUUUUGGGAAAAGGGUUGUUAACCUGCUAUGGGAAAGAUAAUGGUCACCCAUUUAUUUCCGUUUUUAAAACGUCAUUAUUGAAGCAGCAACACUUAAAUACAUUGAGGUUUGAAGCAGAGCUGAAUGCAAAGCAGUGUAGUCUGACUGCAGUUUAGCCCUUCUGGCAAACUGCAUCGCCAUCAGAACUUGGCUACAAUAAUGAAUGACGAUGAUGUAUUUUAUUUAUUUUUGGUUGUCUUUCAGAAUGACCUGUUGACACUAUAAUGUACAUGUCCAUUUGGGUCCUACAACCCCAAUUCCAAAAAAACUGGGACGCUGUGUAAGACGUAAAUAAAACCGAAUGCAGUUAUUUGCAAAGAACUGUGUUUACUGACAGCAGUUUUAGGAAGUGUUACGAGGCCCAUGUAGUAACAUCCUUUAUACAAUCAUGUGUUCACAAAGUGGUGAACCUCGCUCCAUCCUCGAUUAUGAACC